AAUGACGGCGCUGUGGACAAUGCGCGACAGCAGCAGCUGAUAUAUACUCCUCGCAGUUCUCUUCGCUCUUUUUUCAUCGCCGUCAUGGCGCCCUCCGAAUCCGACCCGGCGCAGGACCUCGCCCAGCGUCACAGACUCUUCGACGACUACCGCAGCUUCCUGAACGCUUCGACGCUCGCGGCAUGUUUCCUCGCGCCCGCCCUGAUCGCCCUCCCUCCUCGCAAAUUGGACCUCUUUACCUUCUCGUUGACUGGCGCGUUUGUCGCGGCCGCAAACUACCAACUCCGAGAGCGCACGGGGCUGGGGUUCAUGGGCCACGCUUCAAGGCGUUUUCACAUUAGACAGAUGCCUCGGCAUGGUCUGGAGGUCACUGCUUCGACUAAUGGAGAUCAACGUCUACCCUUUGAACAUAUGGUGCCGGACACGGCGCGGGAGAGUGGGGGAUCCGCUCUACAGGAUAAAGCUCGUGGAGCCUGGACGAGAGGGCAGAACGAGGACUGGAAACAACGCCGGUUAGAAGAAGAGCAGGAGAAACUUGAGCAGGGUGAAGGUUAUGGGAGCAUGAUUGUCGACCAGAUUUGGGAAGUCUGGAACCAAGGCGAGAAGAAAGUCGACGAGCUGAAAGAGAGGGACGAGGAAGCUGUGCAGAAGCGAAAGGACCGGGGCUGAAGAAAGGGUUUCGACUUUGCAUCCCAGCCCCAUCACGGCCGUGAGCUAUGAACCCGAAGUGCGAUUUGAGUGACAAACCGAGAUCUGAAUCCGGAUAUGGGACAUCUCUUGCGACACAAGGCGCAUCUCCCUAGGUGCCAUGCACGGGUCUCGGCAGACCGCGUUGGUCUUUCAACACAACCGCACAGCUCGUUGAAACUCGACAUGAGGACCGUCCACUAACACCUCUCACACCAUCUACUCGUGCUCAUAAUCCGAUCUCGGCAUGCUCUGACCAGCGCAGUAAAUGGCACAGCCUCUCUCGUAUCUCCUCGCAUCCACCUCAGCCUGGAAGUCCCGCACUUUAACGCCGUGUCGGAGCACUUCAUCACGCGCCCUCUCGCUGUGUUGGGUCUGUUCGUAACGCUGGUUCGCCUCGCCGUCGGUAACAAUGAUGGGAACGCGAACAGCACAGGUUCGUCUGUGAAGUGGUGUCAUUCGAGGCCUAUUCGCUGAACUGGUGGUCACACUGGCCAUAUCCACCUUUGGGCUGGUGGCUUUUAUUGGAGGUGGAAAAUUCCGGGCUGCGAGGCGAGAUUUGUGCGGUUCGCUCAUGUCUGUUGGUGCGAGGCCUUUCAGUUGAAAUGGUGUAAUGUCUGCUCUGCCCGUGACAGAUAGCUUGGAGACUGACCAGAAAGUUCCAAUUUGUUGUCCGAACGAUGGGUGUGGACUAAUCAAGUCGUCCGAGGGAGCGUUGGGUUCGUGUAAGCAUGGCCCAGUCAGUCGCAUGAAAAUCGCCGUUCAAAUCUAACGCCUCCGUGUUCUGACUGCUGUUGAUCCUUGAUAAUGGUUAAUGUUCAGGCAGUGAAAGAAGGGGAGAAUUUCGAGCCAGGAUGUACCUGGUCCAGAAACCAGCUGGGCUGUAGCUGACAUUCCAAUCCCGACCAAGCAGCCAUUUUAUGCCGAUUGCUCAGGUAGUACAACACAACGGGAGCACGGAGAUUGGACCGGUUGGUGGUAGGGAGGGUAUGGUGUCAAGUUCGGAUUGGGUGACACAGCAUGAACUUAUGCUGCGAACCGCAAAUUGAGGCAUGUGCAGAGGUGCAUGUUGCGAUUGUUCAUUCGUGGGAAUGGC